GGCGGUAAUGCAGUAAUAAGCUGGAUGCAACAGUCUUAAAUAGGCCUACACGAAGACGCACUUGGCUGCUAGCCUGCUACUUACUUUCUGUGCUACUAACGUUACAAGCCUAGACGGGUUACAAGAGAGGUUUGAGUAUCUUUGCUAUUACUGAUGCAGAUAACUGGAGGAAACAGUAUUGACAGAAAAACUCGACAUGGCAACGCCGGUGUCUGUGCUCCGCCUGCCAAAAGGACCCGACCCCAACAGCCGCGGAUUUGACCCCAAAUCACCCCGUUUUAUCGCUCUCUGUCGUACCUCCAUUCCCACUUCUGCUGGGUCCGAGGCAGAUGUUGAGCAGCUGCCGAAAGAGCAGCAUGCGCGAUCUGUGCUGAGAGAGAGUUUCCUCCGAUGUCUACUCUCCGUGACAAACAAGAAGGUUCAGUUUCACAUGUAUGAGAGGGUGAAGGUGGAGGCCACGUUUGGAGCGUCUGACAUCGACGUGAUGAACUUUCAGGUGUCAGACCUGCACACUCCCAUCGGAGUGCAAAAAGAGGCGCUGAUCAGAUGUCAGGAUGUGAUUUCAUUCAGUUUUGAUGCAUGAACACUUGUUUCCUGUUUAAUCAGAAUAUGCUCUUUGGGAUGAGAGGCACUUGGGUGUCUCAUUUGUUGCAAGUGAGCUCUGUUUACACACUGUGAGAGAGAGUUUAUAAAAAUUGGUUAUUUUUGUAGGUGUUUCAAUCCUGUAUUGUUCAGGCAAUCAUACUUGCUUUCAAAUAUCCAACACUGACAGGCAGUCCCGCUUUUCAGCACAAGAGGGAGCCAUAUGCUUGUGUUUCAAGAGAGAUGUGAUGGGUUGCAUUAGGUGAUGUCAGAUUUUUGGCAAAGCAUUGACCAAAAUUUUGAUUGAAUGAUGUUUGCUAAUGACUACUAACGUUUUCACAAUAGUUCCCCAGUUUAGUUUGUAAAGACUUUGCAGGUAGAGACAUUCACUGUUUAUUUAUUUCAGAUACAGCCUAAUAGGUCCAGAAAGUUAUAGAAUUAAUGGUCCUACAGCCUUUUUAAGCCCAUUAAAUCAAACCAGUAUUUAGCCUUACAUCACAGUCAUGUCUGCUAUUUCUGCUCUAUACAUGUUUUCAAGACUUUCUGUACAUGGUCAGCGCUACUGUCUUCCUUUUGUGAUAUGAAUUGUCAUUUAAUUCAAAGCAAAUGAAACAUUGCACUUUAAACAUUUCUUUUGAGUUGAACAACUUUUGUAUGAAUGGCCAUUUUUUGUUCUCUUUGGAAAAAUUAUCAAGACACUUAAAAAGAUUCCUCUCUGACGAAGAUUGAUGUUACUUAACUCUCCUGUUGUCCUGGGUAAAAUUUGACCCAUUUUCAAAAAGUCUAUAUAUCAAAAAUGUGGGUUUCUUUCAACAAAUGGUCUACACAAAAAAAUAUAAAAACAUACAACGUUCUUUAGUGUAAAAGAUCAGUUCAAUACUUUCAAUUAAUUUGGGUAUUUUAUUAGAUUUUAUAGCAUUUGAAUUUUUUUUUACAUAUAGAAGUUUGAAAUAAGUGACAAAUGCUUCAAAACAUGGCAAAAAAACAAGAACAACUUAAAAAAAAUUUGACAGACAUCAGAAGAAGUGACAAACUUGGAAAAGAAAUUGUAAAAUCGACGAAGACAUUGGAUAAAGUGACAAAAAACUUUGGGGAAAAAAAGCUUUAAAAUGUCAGAAAAGCCACAAAAGUGUCAAAAGAUGACCAAAACGUUGGAAGAAAAAAAGGUUUUCAUUUUGACCCAGAAUGACAAAAAGCUGUGUGGUCAAAGACAACACGAGGGUUAAGAAAAAAACUUGUAAGGGAUGUGUGUAACCCUCAGACACAUCCAUCCAGACUAUAUCCUAUUUUAGAAUGUUUAAAAACAAGUAUUUCAUUUCCAGAGCAAAUUGCAUUUUCCAGUUUUCCUUAAUGCAUUGCUUGGAGAUAGUUAAUAACUCUCUCUAGUUCAUCUUUUUGUCCACAGUAUGACCAGUGUAGUGUGUGUAUCUCAUCAAACUUAGUCAGCUUCACAAUUAGAGCUGCAACAAUUAGUCAAGUUCAUUAAUCUGCAACUAUCUUGGUAAUAAUAGAUUCAUUGUUUGCAUCAUUUUUUAAGUAGCCUUCUAAUUCAACAUUUGAUGGUUUUCAGAUUUGCAUUUGUGAGAAUAUGCUGCCCUUCCUACAUUGUAGUUUAAGUUUUUGACUGCUUGUAAAAAACAAAGUCACUGUUCUUUAGUGUUUUUAUAGACCAAACAAAUUGAGAAAAUAAUCAUUAAAUUCAGCCCCAUUCACAAUAA